UGUUAGUCUGUCUGUAUGUGUGUGUGUGUGUGUGGUGGACUCUUGCAGGCAGCUCUGGGUUUCCCUUUAAUGAGGGCCGCCGUCUGGCCCUGACUUCACGUGAAUGCAUCUGCAACCUGUGGCUCGUUUUAAAAGAGCGGCGGGCUGCACAUUUUUCCACUGAGGAAGAGGAGGAGGAGGAGGGCGCAAUGGCACUGUCGCUCAUCCCAGCGUGCCGCAGUCUGGCUCUCUCGACGUGGUUGCUGUCGUUUUGCUUCGUCCACCUGCUCUGUCUGGACUUCACUGUGGCAGAGAAAGAGGAAUGGUACACCGCCUUUGUCAACAUCAGCUACCUGGACCCCGCCACCUCGGAGGUCAGGACAGAGAAAACCGAAUGCGGACGCUACGGAGAGCACUCGCCCAAGAAAGAAGCCAAAGGUCUGGCUUUGGUGCCGACCCUCCCUCAGGACAGGCAGGCGUGCGAGCCACACGUCCGCUUCCCUCCCGUAUCCCACACCUCCGCCUCCUGGGUGGCUCUGGUGGCUGCGGGAAACUGUACCUACAGAGAGAAGAUCCGUAACAUAGCGACGCUCAACGCCUCCGCUGUUGUCAUAUACAACACUGGCUCCAGCAGCCCCAACGAAACCAUAACAAUGCCUCAUCCAGAUACAGGUGACGUUGUUGUCAUCAUGAUCCCAGAGCCUAAAGGUCGUGAGAUUGUGGCCUUGCUGGAGCAGAAUAUUGCGGUCACGGUACACAUCACUAUAGGGACCCGCAACCUGCAGAAGUACGUGAGCAGAACAUCGGUAGUGUUUGUCUCCAUUUCCUUCAUCGUGCUCAUGAUAAUCUCUCUCGCAUGGCUCGUCUUCUACUACAUCCAGAGGUUCCGCUACGCGAAUGCACGAGAUCGCAACCAGAGACGUCUUGGAGAUGCCGCCAAAAAAGCCAUCAGCAAGCUUCAAGUGCGAACCAUUAAGAAAGGGGACAAGGAGACUGAUUCAGACUUCGACAACUGUGCAGUUUGCAUUGAAGGUUACAAGCCUAAUGAUGUCAUAAGGAUAUUACCAUGCCGACAUGUCUUUCAUAAACACUGUGUAGACCCAUGGCUACAAGAUCACCGGACGUGUCCCAUGUGUAAAAUGAACAUACUCAAAGCCUUAGGAGUCCCACUCAACGCGGACUGCUCGGAUGAGAUUCCUCCAGAUUACGAUACGUCUGUCGGAGGUCCACCCACCAACCCCAUCAGCGGGGCAAGUGAAAUGACUGUUAACGAGAGCUCGGUGGUUCUGGAUCCUGUAGGCAGAGGGAUCGGCCUGCACCAGCUCCAGGCUGAUGCAGAGACAGCACGUCAGGCAGGGGAGAGCCACAUCUUUGCCAGCAGUGAGCACCAGCCUCCGCUCAGCACUGAUUCAGACACUUCUCUCAUCGAGGGCAUGGAGAUAGGUUUGUCUGAAAUGGACCUGUCCACAGAGCAGGAAUGUGACGAGGCCAAAUCCUGAGCCAGUCAGAGCUGAGAGAACGAUCACGAGAGCAGGGCAAAGUGAUCGGCGAUCGGUGGCUCUUUAGAGAUUCGCCCGGGAGGAAGUGACAUGGAGUGACAGACGAUGGGUAAAUGAGCAAUACAACCCAUAGCAGCACAAAAAAAACCCUAGUUCUGUCUGUGUGAAGUACUCCGAUUUAAAACAGAUUUGCUUCUGUGUCGUGCGGACAUGUUGCUUGCUCGUUUUCUUGAUGUCUUGUUGGUGAACACAGCGCUCAUGUUGUGGUGGUCUCGUUGCUCUCCACAGUAGAAUAUAGUGAGACGUCACUGGCCUUAAUGAGGAGUCAAAAAGCUGCUUCUGGACACAAAAUGAGCAGUAGGGUCUUUUUAACACCCACUGUAGCUUUAAUAUUAGGUGCAUAUUAUUGGUGUAAGAUCACUGCCAAUGUAUUCCACAUGGACACGUAGCACAUAUGAAGCCGACUGUAUAUUAGCUUUUUCUUAGGAGUCCCAAACAGCAGCUGGCAAAGCAGCAUUUUUUGUCAGCAUCAGACUUGGGUAACAUGUUUUACCCUCUGUAAACUUGAAGCACAGAUCUGUUGAGUUCAUGUGUCCAUGUUGCAUUAAGGAGUUGAAACACACGAUGCUGUACUUUCUAAGUCGUAAGUGUUUGUGUCACUACUGUGCAGAGUUCUUCACUUUUAAACUCCUAAAACCAGCUGAAUUCUCCUGUUGUUGAGAGGGAAAAACAAAACAAACACUAAGUAGAUUUGUGUGUCCUCACAUUUGACAAUCAUAGCUUGCCACAAGCAGUUUGAAGUGAUGUCACCCACUGCCCUACUGAAACUGCUGCUGGUCUACGAGUUACCACAACACAACUGUCAUACAUACAGGACACGGAGACACGCUUCUUACUGGUGUCAACUUUCUACUUGUGUCAAGCCAGCCAGUAUAAAUAACUAUGUCAACAAGUCUGUGCCAAGUGAAUCAGUCGUAUUUGAAACGCUGCUGUUGUCCGUGUAUGUUAAUCCCUCUGACUGCCAAUAAAGGUAAUAACAGGAAAUCACUGCAUGAAGUAAAACUGAAAAAUCUACAGGAUUAGAUAAAAAGAAAGAAGACUCAGUGGAAAAAGGGGGAACUCUUUCAUUUGAUAAGUAAUUCAAUUAAGUAUUUAAUGGCAUGAAAUCCUUACAGCAUGUUACACACAACUAAGUUAUUUUUUUGGGACGACAUCUACAGUAACACAGACCCUGUGCAAUGUUAGUCAAAACACUCCCUUUGUAUUUUUGAAUAUAAAAAGGGAUUUCUUCUUGGCGUUGACUCACUCUUAAACUAAAGUAUGUCCCAAUAUUUGAAUGUAAUUACAUCUGCCAAACAGGUUACGUUAUUGAGCACUUUCUUAAAACAAAAACUGAAAAAUCUGACUUAUUUGUGGUGUUGAAGACUUCGAAUUUGUUAAUAAUUCAUGUGGGAUUGUUUGGCUUUGGCAGAGAGGCAUGUGCCUCACUGAGCGCCAUUGUUCACGUAAGCAUGUUUUAGUUUGUAUCGUGGUCAUUUUAAUGGCAGUCGGAUCAGAAUUGAAUCUGGUUUACUGCUUGUUAAACCCCAAAAUACACCUUUGAAUAACAAAGAUACUAACCAGGCCUGUUAAAACAGCCAUUUUUAAGUCCAAACAUAAAUGCACUUUAAAAAAAAAUACAUACAAAUAUCUAUAUGUAUAUAUAUAUAUAUAUAUAUUCCUUUUAACUAUAUAUAAAAAAGUUAAAAGGAAGUAAUUAAAGAAUAGUACAGAAGAGAGACAUAUUAAAGUAAAGUGCAGAAGAUCACUACCAUAGAUUUACACCAGUGUUGUUAAACUACUAGUCUCCUUUUAAUGACACUAAAGAAGUGACACAUGAAUUGCACGCUGUCCUUGUUACAAACCAUGUAUGCUGUAAUAGUAAAUAUGGAGUAGGGACACAGUUUCAGACUCCUGAGAGUGAUGCUGACUGUUAACAUUUGUAGUCUGCAAUGAGUUCUCACCUCUCAUCCUUCUGUCACAGUCCUGUGUUUCCUCUCACAAAUCCUGUUGACCUGCACUGACUGACGAGACACAAUAUUAUUUAACUUGUGGUUUCCUUUUCUCUCUCCUGUCAAUGUUUCCAUUCAUUUUUAAUACUUUAUUAAUCCCCUUAGGGAAAUUAUUCUCUGCAUUUUGACCCAUCCUAGAAUUAGGAGCAGUGGGCUGCCACACUGAGUAGCGCCCGGGGAGCAAUGGGGGUUGGAUACCUUGCUCAGGGGUACCCCAGCCUUUUCAACCUGGUGGGGACUUGAACCGGCAACCUUCCGAUUACAAGCCAAGUUCCCUUUCCACUUGGCCACAGGCUGCCCUAAAUUAUGCCCUGUUACAUAGCAGACACACACAUACAUAAGUGCAUGCUCUCCUGUUCACUGCACCAUCACUGGAUGCAUGAGCAAAUGUUUUGCAGUCUAGUGAAAGCUUGGCGUCCAUAGACACUACUUUUUAGUCACUAUUAGUAUCUGUAAAUUUGAAGGUUCAAAUAGUUGUGUCCUGGCAGCAGUGUUUCACUGGGAGACUUAACAUCUGCAUUUCAUUUUCAUUACCUCACUUUAUAAUGAGUUGCUAGCACAUGCUGUACAGUUCGACAUGUAACCUGUACUUUCCAUGUUAAGUGUGAACGCCUUCUGGAAGAAUCAAUAUUUAUACAGCAUGUGCUGUGUGUCUAGACAUUUCAACGGUGCACUUUUCAGUAUGUUUUAUCCUUAUACACCGCUUUUUAUUGACAUGCAGGAGAAAAGACCGUGAUUCAUGUCAGAUAAGCACAGAUACAGAUGCCAGUGAGAUUACACAGAACACUCUCUCAUUGACUUUCUUGUUCUCUUAAUCCCACCUUCUUCUGUCUCAUUGACGUCUUCACAUUUGCACACAAGCAAGCAUAAACACUUUCUGUCAGACUGUUGGUCUGAAGAGCCAAGCAACAGGAUAAAGGAAAGCAUACUGUGUUUCAGUAACAAAUUAAGGAAUUAUGAGACACCCAAGACCUGAGGUGUAAUCCAUGUCAAUACUUGACCUGAAACAAUUCAAAAUUCAUUUACUGAUCAUUUCCAACAGGUUUUCUCAAACAAAGUUUGUAUUUUGCUACCAAUUGUGGGGAAAAUAGAAAUGCCCUUGAAAGAAGAGAAAUUAUUUUUUAAUAUUCAUGUGUUAGUGAAGAGCGUAUUGGAAUGUAUGUACAUAAUUGGUGUCACAGACAGGAUUUGAGUUGAAGAUUUAUGUUGGUUUAGACAGUGUUCAUUCAUCAGGAGAAGGAAUACUCAUUACAAUGAAGGAACUAAUUUAAUGAACACUGUCACUGUCUCUAUUGUAGGUAUUAUUGUUGUCGUCCUUCUUUCUUCUUCUUGUGUAAACCUUCCGAUAUUGCACUGUUGUUCCUCCAGUGAAUAAUGAGUGGUUAUACUGAAGCCAGCGGGCACAUUUGUUGCUUCUUAUAUAAUGUUGUGAUAUGUUAUCUGUACUAUAAUCCAUACGAUGGGGGCAUACAGGGUGACAGGGUACCAAUAUACUGUACACUAUAAUCAGCAGAAAUGACUUGCUUGUUAUUUUGUAUUAAAAUAUAAAUAUAUGUAUUAUUUAA